AUGAGUGACCCAACGCUCAGAGAGGGAAAGCAACUUGCUCCAGGUUCCACAGCCCAGACCUGAACUCAAGAAUCUCCUGUGAAGUCUGUAACCUUCCUCCAGCACCACCACGCUGCUCUCACGUGGCACAUGCUGAACAGAGGCCUCUGUGCAAAGAAAGCAGUUCAAAAAAUGGGCACUAACUUUUGGGAAGCUUCUACUGUGUGUCGGGCCCUGGGCCUCCUCACUGCUCUGUGAGCUGGGUAUCAUUCUCCCCAUUUUAUAGAUAAGGAAACUGAGGCCCUGAUCACAGGAGCUGAGUCUCCCAGAUUCUAAAACGUGUUCUUUCAAGUCCCCAGGGCUCCCCAGACCUCACAGAGGCCCUGUCUGCUUUCACUGGGUUUCAUAACUGCCUUCUCUGUUUACUGCCUGUUGUCCCAUUUAGCAAAACCAGAGGGGUGGGUAUUCCCAGGAGGACCCAGAGCCCAGCAGUGACCCAGAAAGCAAGCAAGCUCUGAGAGAAGACUUUCCAUGAGUAGCCGGCUGCCUGGGAAUCAAGAACAACAGUAUUUGGGGUGAAGAGAAAGAACAGGGUGGUGUCUUCCAGGGCCAGCCAAGGCCUUUUGUACAUCGAGGCCGGGGGCGGAGGGUGAGGCUGCCUGCUCCCAUCUCUGAUAGCUGCCUUGGGAGGUCCAGGGAGACACGGAGGCUAGCCUAAGGUCACAGAGGAGCAGGGCCAGAGCUGGUGGUGGGGGUCCUGGAUCCAACUACAGGGGAGAGAUGUGGGCUGAUGCUGAAAGCCACCUACUGUGUGUAGCACUAGGCGGGAGCCUGGAACACCCAAGAUCAGAGGUCAAGGGGAUCUCUGAGGUCCAGAGAAGGGCAGGGACUAGGGCGUACUCACAUAGCAAGUGGUGGCAGAGCCAGGCUGCCUCUCAAGUACAGGAGACCGUGCCUGACCUGUGUGUCCAUGAGUGGCACAGAGUGUAGGUACCACAGUCCAUCUUCCACCCAGUGGCUGCAGCCUGGGGACCUUCCUAGGACAAGCCUCUGUCCUGGGUGCUCACAGGUGCAGGUGCAGGGCUGGAGGGCUGCGACCUCUUCAGCCUGGGACGCGUGGUAGGGACGGCCACCCCACGGAGUUCAGGCUGCCAGGCUUGGCUCGGGCUUGACUGAGUCCGCGCCUGCAGCCCUUUACCUGUAAACGGUACUGUUUCUCCCUUCCUGCCCAGGUGGGAUGGUGCUGGGAGGCCCUGCUUGAUCCCCAGAUAGAGCUUGGGCACUGGAGCCAGCCAGGCUUGUGUCUGAAUCCCAGCAGUGCCUCUUUCUAGCUGAAUGACCCCAAGCAAGUGACUGAAACUCCCUGAAUCUCUGUUUCCUGGUCUAUAAAAUGAGAAAUUUAAUACCUCUUUCCCCUGGGUGCUGUGAGGAGACUCAGAAUCAGACACCGCCCAUCCCUUCCUCCCUCUCUUCUCCCAGAGAUGUCUGGAUCCAGAGGUGAGGUGGCAUGCUGCCAUCGGUGACCGCCGUGCCCCCUUGUGUAGUUCAGGGGCCCUGCACCGUCUCAUUCAGAAGGACAUGUAGAGGCAACCUGGACCAGUGCUCCCAUUUUACAGAUGGAAACCCUGAGGCUUAGAGACGUGUCGGUUCUGGAUAUGGUUGUAGAGCCAGUAUCUGGGAAUGCUGGGCUAGGAAUGAGGCUUAGAGUCAGAGCAUCAGGGCCUACCCCAUCUUUUGGGUAACUGGACCUUGAGGCCCAGAAAGGGACAGUGAUUUGCCCAAAGUCACCCAGGAAGUCAGUGGCAGAGGGAAGCCUAGCACUGGGUGGGGACUCUUCCUUUCUACCUAGAAGUUUUUCUUUUGCAUUUAAGUCUCCCCACUGGCCCCUGCCCCCACCCUCGCCCUGAACUCAUCCUCUUCCAGGCAGGGAGCAGCAUAAGACCAUGUCCCCAUCACAGUCUGCACACAUCACUGCCCUGUAGUGAGAGUUUCUAGGCCAUGGGCUCCCCGAGGGCAGGAGCCAGGGCCCGUUCACCAGGUCUCUAGCGCUGAGGACCCAGGCUCCAGAGCUAUGUGACAGGCAAAGCUGCAGGGCCUUUGUGAUCAUUAACCAGGGGCCAGUGACCCUGGGCUAGUGGUCAGUGACCCCUGGCACCAAGGCCAAGCCACAGCAGCCCUCUGUUAAUCACCAACUGAGCAGAAAGGACUGCUCAGCUGGGCCAGAUGCCGACUCAGGGUCAUUCGGGGGACAGGGAUGACAAGGAAAUUUCUUCUUCCUGCUUGUUUGGAUUUUCCAAAUUGUCUAAUGAGCAGGUAUCAUUCUCUAUUUUAAAGGUAUUAUUUCUAGAUCAGUCUUUUUUUUUUUUUUCUCGGCCAUGCCACGUGGCAUACGGGAUCUUGGUUCCCCGACCAGGGAUGGAAUCCGUGCCCCCUGCAGUGGAAGCGCAGAGUCUUAACCACUGGACUACUGAGGAAGUCCCCGUAGAUCAGUCUUUUAUAAAAAAAAAAAAAAAAACCCAAAAAACCAAAAAAAACUUCAUUGGAUAAAUACUUGUGAAUAGUUUCAAUCCCUAGAGCACAUUAAAAAAAAUUUCACACAAGUAUAUUGAGGUAUAAUUUAGAUACCAGAACAAUUCACCCAUGGUAAGCAGACGGGACUGUGAUUUUUAGUACAUUUUUCAGUUGUGUAAUCAUCACCAUAAUCCAGAGUUAGAAUGUUUUCAUCACCCUAAGAUGUUCCCUUGUGCCAACGGCAGCGAUGUGGGUGCUUGACCCCAACCUCUUAUCCCUUUCAAACAAACUGGCUUGACGGUUUGGUGUUUACCCUCCUUGAUUUUUUUAAGGAUGUAUACAAAAACAGACACCCUCAUAAAACAGAGGAGAGGAGUCACAUUAUAGUCCUUGUACAAUUCGCUUUUUGCACUUGGAGCUCUCUCCGUGUUUAUUGAGCACCUACUAUGUGCCAGGGACGGUCCGCACUAGCUUAUUCUUUUUUCACAGCUGCAGAGUGGUCUGUUGUAUGGCGGCUCCAUAAUUUGUUUAACCGGGACACUUGGGUCCUUUCCAGUUUUCUUCAAACAAUGCUUCAGUGAACAUCCUUGCACGUAUAUUUCCACGUUCCUCUGCAAGUGAUACUGAAGGAAAUGGCACUGUUGUUGCAAUGUGUUUCGAAUUUGUGGUCAUAAAUUGCUCUCUAGAGAGGGGAGACUGGUUUAUACUUCCAUCAAGAGCAUAUGAGAACUGUGGGGUUUUUAUAACCCUCGAAAUGCCUAAGGAGAGGGAAGAGCUCUCUGAAUUUAGGCCAGAGCUGAUUCACUGCAGGCUCUACAGGCCCAGGACUAGACAUAGGGCUUCAAGAACUCGGGCAUCUCUCUGUGGUUCCCCACAGACACUGGGAUAAAAUUCAGACUCUUCAGUGUGACACACAGGCCCCUGUGACCCCCGCCACCCUCCUCCAGCCUCAUCUCUUCUUGCUCCUGUGUUUGAGACAGGACCCCUCCUUAGUCACUGCAUGUGGCCUGCAUUUGCCCUUUGCCCAUGCUGUUCCCUCCUCAGAAUGCCUCUUCUUCUCAACCUCCCUCCUCCCUGUCCUUCAAGGCCCAGGUCACAAGUCCCUUUGUCCAUGAAGCUUUCUUAUAAUCCCUGCAGUCUGAUUUGUCUUCUCCGUGUGUGUGUUCAUUUAGCCCUUUAUCUGACCCACAGUCCAUCUUAAAUGGGAGGAAGUUGUGUGUGAUGGAAGGCAAACUUCAGCCUGAUUAGAUAGAAACUGGGCUCCAGGAGGAGCUGGUGUGGAUGACUAAAGCUCGUGGGGAAGGGGGAUGGGAACUCCCAUUUACUAAUUGUCAGACCAGGCCAUUUUCACACAGAGAGACUGGUUUAAUUCUCAGCAACCACUUUAUACCCAUUUACUAGAUGAGAAGACUGAGGCAGAGAAGAAGAAAGUAACUUACACACAGUGGACGUGGGAAUCAAACCCAGGUCUCCAGCUUCUGCAUUCUCUUCCCUGUCACUGCAUUCCCUGUUAUUGGGAAAGGAGGAGAUUUGGGAUGCAAAGGGAACUUGGAAAUAGAGAAGCUGGGCCCGGCAGAGUAGUGAGAGGGAGAAGAGAGGGGCUGGAGAAGGUGGGAAGAAGGCCUGUGUGAAUUCGAAUAGCACUUCUAACCCAGUGACUGACUGUAAGCCUCCAGUGGGAGAGUGAGAGAUGGGAAGGGAGCCUGGGAGAAGGGCAAGAGGCUUGAAUCCUUGACUUCCCCAGGGAGAGCCAAUAGGACCUAAAACUGAAAAAAACAAGAACAAAACCAAAAUUAACACCCCCCCCCCAAAAAAGAAAAAAACCCAAACAACAAGGGCUUGUUAUUUAAGACAUGAAGCCAAACACUGAAAUCAGCUGAAGGAGGAAGAUAGAAGUGGUUGGUUGCCCCAAGGUGUAAGUGGGGUUGAGAGGCAAAACUUUGCAUAAAUAACGUGACUUUAAGUUUUUAUCAAAACAACCUUUUACAAAAUAAAAACUUUUUUAAAAGGAAGGAAAGACGGGCAGUCUUGAGUAAAAUAGAACCUGCAAUCCAAGAAGUUGAGAGAUCUGCCUGCCUUUCUCUGUCUGGCUUGUUCAAGGGUCCAGUGAAGGUCAGCCUCCCGGACUGUGUCCUCAGCUGGUGACAGCCACAUGCUGCCUAAGUGGGUCGUCCACUCAGAGCACCUGGAGUGAAAUGUUGCCUUUCAUUUCCUAGUAGUGUGCAAAUUGCUUGACCUUUCUGCACUCAGUUUUCCCCUCUUUAAAAUGGGGCUGUCGAUGGUACCCAGUCUGUAAAGGAUGUUGGGAUGUGUCCGUUUUCAUAUGAAGUGGAAAACCUUCAAUAAAUAUUAGUUCAUGGGAUUUGUUGCUGGAGACGUUAGGGGUGGAGAGGGGAGGGUUCUUGCAUGGAUCACACAGGGGGCUAAGAUGGGUGAACUCCCUGCCAUUCUUACGUGUGCCCAUUUAGUGUGCACUGAGUUAGCGCCUGCUGCUUGGUCUCCACCCCUGACCUGGGGUGAAGGGGUGGCCACGCCCAGUUGGAUCUGUCCGGGUGGGAACCCCGAGGUCUCUAAAAUCCAGGCCAGAUCCCCGCCCUUCCCAGGCCCGCGGGGGCCCAGCCCUGCCGCACGCCCUCCCUACGGGGCGGUCCCCAGCUUGGGCGGGAUGGGCGGGCGGCUACUUAAGGUCUGCGACUAGGGAGGCAGAGGGUGCCGCCCAGGUCUUCUGCCGCCGUCGCUGCCAUGGCUCCGCACCGCUCCGCGCUACUGGACGCGCUGGUCCUGGCGCUGUGCGCGCUGUCGCCGCCGGCCCGCGCCGCCACCGCGUCGCAGGGGGUGACCCAGGCGCGGCCCAGCAGCAUGGUGGUGGAACACCCCGAGUUCCUCAAGGCGGGGAAGGAGCCCGGCCUGCAGAUCUGGCGUGUGGAGAAGUUCGACCUGGUUCCCGUGCCCCGCAAACUUUACGGAGACUUCUUCACAGGCGAUGCCUAUGUCAUCCUGAAGACAGUGAAGCUCAGGAGUGGGAACCUGCAGUACGACCUCCACUACUGGCUGGGCAAUGAAUGCAGCCAGGAUGAGAGCGGGGCAGCUGCUAUCUUCACCGUGCAGCUGGAUGACUACCUGAACGGUCGGGCUGUGCAGCACCGUGAGGUCCAGGGCUUCGAGUCUGCCACCUUCCUUGGUUACUUCAAGCAUGGCCUCAAGUACAAGAAAGGAGGCGUGGCAUCAGGAUUCAAGCACGUGGAACCCAAUGAGGUGGUGGUGCAGAGACUCUUCCAGGUCAAAGGGCGGCGUGUGCCCCGCGGCACCGAGGUGCCUGUGUCCUGGGAGAGCUUCAACAAUGGUGACUGCUUCAUCCUGGACCUGGGCAAUGACAUCUAUCAGUGGUGCGGCUCCAAGAGCAACCGUUUCGAGAGGCUGAAGGCCACAGAGCUGUCCAAGGGCAUCCGAGACAACGAGCGGAAUGGCCGGGCCCGUGUUCACGUGUCCGAGGAGGGCUCCGAGCCGGAGGCGAUGCUCCAGGUGCUGGGUCCCAAGCCGGCUCUGCCCGAGGGUACCGAGGACUCAGCCAAGGAGGACGCAGCCAACCGCAAGCUGGCCAAGCUCUACAAGGUCUCCAAUGGUGCGGGCACCAUGUCGGUCUCCCUCGUGGCUGAUGAGAACCCCUUCGCCCAGGGGGCCUUGAAGUCCGAGGACUGCUUCAUCCUGGACCAUGGCAAAGAUGGGAAAAUCUUUGUCUGGAAAGGCAGGCAGGCCAACACGGAGGAGAGGAAGGCUGCCCUCAAAACGGCCUCCGACUUCAUCUCCAAGAUGGACUACCCCAAGCAGACCCAGGUCUCCGUCCUUCCUGAGGGUGGCGAGACCCCACUGUUCAAACAGUUCUUCAAGAACUGGCGCGACCUAGACCAGACGGAUGGCCUGGGCCUGACCUAUCUCUCCAGCCACAUCGCCAACAUAGAGCGCGUGCCCUUCGACGCCGCCACCCUGCACACCUCCACUGCAAUGGCCGCCCAGCACGGCAUGGAUGACAAUGGCACAGGCCAGAAACAGAUCUGGAGAAUUGAAGGCUCCAACAAAGUGCCCGUGGACCCCGCCACGUAUGGACAGUUCUACGGUGGUGACAGCUACAUCAUUCUGUACAACUACCGUCAUGGCGGCCGUCAGGGACAGAUCAUCUACAACUGGCAGGGUGCCCAGUCCACCCAGGAUGAGGUCGCCGCAUCUGCCAUCCUGACUGCCCAGCUGGAUGAGGAACUGGGAGGUACCCCUGUCCAGAGCCGUGUGGUCCAAGGCAAGGAGCCUGCUCACCUCAUGAGCCUGUUUGGCGGGAAACCCAUGAUCGUCUACAGGGGUGGCACCUCCCGUGAGGGUGGACAGACAGCUCCUGCCAGUACCCGCCUCUUCCAGGUCCGGGCCAGCAGUUCUGGAGCCACCCGAGCUGUUGAGGUGAUCCCCAAGGCUGGCGUGCUGAACUCCAACGAUGCCUUUGUCCUGAAAACCCCCUCAGCCGCCUACCUGUGGGUGGGUACAGGAGCCAGCCAGGCAGAGAAGACCGGGGCCCAGGAGCUGCUCCAGGUGCUUCGGGCCCAACCUGUGCAAGUGGCAGAAGGCAGCGAGCCAGACAGCUUCUGGGAGGCCCUGGGUGGGAAGGCCGCCUACCGCACGUCCCCACGGCUGAAGGACAAGAAGAUGGAUGCCCACCCUCCUCGCCUCUUCGCCUGCUCCAACAAGAUCGGACGUUUUGUGAUCGAAGAGGUCCCUGGCGAGCUCAUGCAGGAAGACCUGGCCACCGAUGACGUCAUGCUUCUGGACAUCUGGGACCAGGUCUUUGUCUGGGUUGGAAAGGAUUCUCAAGAAGAGGAAAAGACGGAAGCCUUGACCUCUGCUAAGCGGUACAUCGAGACAGACCCAGCUAAUCGUGAUAGGCGGACCCCUAUCACCAUGGUGAAGCAAGGCUUUGAGCCUCCCUCCUUCGUGGGCUGGUUCCUUGGCUGGGAUGACAGCUAUUGGUCUAUGGAUCCCUUGGACAGGGCCCUAGCUGAGCUGGCUGCCUGAGGAAGGCCCCACCCUGUUACUGGUCAGUGCCUUUCAGAACUGUCCAUCCUGCAAGGAGACCUUACAGCGAGCAGGGCCACUCUGGUGUGUGUGUGUGUGGUGGUUGUUUUGUUUGUUUGUUUGCUUUUUUACAGUAGCCAAAAACAGCCCUGCAAAAAUUCAGGGUGCUUGCAAAAUUGUCUCAAGUAUUUGUGCUUUUGGAAAUAAUUGAAUUCAAUAAAAAGCUUUUUGAAGUGUG